GUAUAAAUGCACACAUAUAUAUUAGAUAAAUAUAUAAAGUGCUAUAUUAAAAAAACAUUAGUUGUUAUUGGUGCGAACAAACUAAAACGCUAAAUCUCAGAUAACAACUAUUCAUUUAACUUAAGCGUCAUAACAUCACAUAAACAUUGGAAUACUAAGACCGUUUAAUGAAGCUGAAAAAAAAUGAACAAUUUUUCUUAUACUCCCUUAGGAAAUAAUAGUUAUACAGAUCAUGAAAUUAGCACUAUUGCAAGAUUACUCGGAAAUGGCAGCUACUCCACAGACAAUAACUUUUCCACGCCGCUAACAAACAGUAGUAACAAUACACUUUACAACCAUUAUCUAAACAAAAGUGACAAGAAUCACGUGUUGAUAAUAGAAUGUGUUGCUCUAGCAGGAAUUUAUGUUAUGCUAACUGGAUACAAAUAUAUCAGGUUUGCAUUGUUUGCAUCAGGAUUUGCUAUCGCGUUUGCAUUAUUUUACGUUGUUAGCCCUUGGUUUAUACACUUUAAGUAUUGUUGUGACAAAGAACAUUUUAAAGUUAACCACCCAUUGCUAACGUAUGAUAGAGCUCAUCUCAUAAUUAGUUGUGUAGUUGGUAUUCUGUUUGGGUUGCUGGUUAGCUGGCUAUAUCGAUUAGGUAUCUUCUUUUUGGGAAAAUGCCUUGGAGCUCUGAUUACAAUAGUGGCUCUUCACACUACUUCUCUGCACCAAUAUUUUAACAGCAAUAUAUCAAUUACUAUAUUGUUGACAGUAUCAGGUUUUAUAUUUGGAAUACUCACAUGGAAAUUUGAGAAACCUCUUAUGAUACUUGCGACUUCUUUUAUUGGAUGUUUCGCUGCACUAUGUGGAGUGGAUAUCUUUCUUCAAAGUGGAUUUUCAAUGGUGGUUUUAUCGAUUAUUUUGUUUCUGCGUGAUGCUGUUCUUGUAACUAUUAAAAGUACAAAACAUAUCGAGGAAACAACGCUGCCUAAAUUACAUUUUAAAUCUGAUAAAGGAGAAAAUGAAACAAUACUGCUAAUGUCCUGGCUGUUUAUUUCGCUUGGUGCCGCAAUUUUUCAAUUUCGCGUUACUGCUGCAAACGAAACGCAAGGAGGGAAACUUUGCCCGUGUCUUAAUUGUAUAUGCCCUUGUUGUCAAUUAUUUGAUGUAAAAAAAGAAACAAAGUAAAAAAAACUUAAUAAAUUACUUGUAGAAAAAAAAUUUAUCAAUUAAAUUAUAUAAGCUAGAUAAUUUUAGUACUGAA